GCGCCGCAGGUCGAAGUGGGACGACGGCGCGCCCCCUGGCGCCGCUGGCCCGAUGCCGACGCCCCCGCUGGGCGCCCUCGGGGUCGCGCCCGGGGCGCAGCUGGGCGGCGGGUUCGACAGCAGGGUCCCCACUGCUGGGAGCCUCGUCGUGGACCCCUCUACGGGGCUCGUGCUGCCCGCCGAGUUCCAGAAGCAGACGAAGGAGGUCCGCAUACCCUACAACCUGAAGGGCGGGCUCAUCGGCAAGGGCGGGGAGUGGAUCAACUUCAUCAGGGCCGAGUCGAAGGCAGCCGUGAAGCUCAACCACAACGAGGGUGAUGCGGAGGCUGUCAUAGAGAUAAAGGGCACGACGGACGUGAUCCAGCACGCCGAGGUGCUGAUCCAUGCUCGGCUUCAGGAGGUCUCGGGCAACAGGUCGAGAGAGCAGUGGGAGGUCGACUGCUUCGACGUCCCCAAGGAGUGCAUCGCAGAGACGAUAGGCAGCGGCGGGUCGAACCUCCACGCCAUCGCCGCCGAGUCUGGCUGCAAGGUCAAGUUCGUCCAGGCCAUCGAGCUCGACCCCAAUGCCGAGCCGGGCAAGCAGAUGUGCCAUAUCCGCGGCCCGCCGGACAAGUUGGCGUACGCCAGGACUCUAGUUGUCCAGAAGGUAGAGGAGGUGAUGAUGAAGAAGUCGAUGGGUAGCAAGGGUGGAUGCGGGUACAAGGGCGGCAAAAGCUGCAAGGGCUUCAAGGGCGGCGCUGACAAGGGAGGCGGCGACUGGAAGGGAGGCGGCGACUGGAAGGGAGGCGGCGACUGGAAAGGAGGCGGCGAUUGGAAAGGAGGCAGCGACUGGAAGGGAGGCGGCGACUGGAAGGGAGGCGGCGACUGGAAGGGAGGGGGCGACUGGAAGGGAGGCGGCGAUUGGAAGGGAGGGGGCGACUGGAAGGGAGGCGGCGAUUGGAAGGGAGGCGGCGACUGGAAGGGAGGCGGCGAUUGGAAGGGAGGCCGCGAUUGGAAGGGAGGGGGCGACUGGAAGGGAGGCGGCGACUGGAAGGGAGGCGGCGACUGGAAGGGAGGCGGCGACUUUGCGAAGGGAGGCGGCGACUUCGCGAAGGGAGGCGGCGACUGGAAGGGCGGCGGCGACCUUGCGAAGGGAUUCGGCAGUUUCGCGAAGGGAGGCGGCGACUUCACGAAGGAAGGCGGCGACUUCGCGAAGGGAUGCGGCGACUUUGCGAGCAGGGGAAGCGGCUUCAUGGGCGCCGACUCCAUGGGCAAGGGUUGCAAUGGUGGCGACUACAUGGGCGGCGACUUGGCGAUGGGUGGUUGCGCAGGCGGGGAUGGCACGAGGGACGGUUGCAUGGGCGGGUGCAACUUCAUGGGUGUCGAUUUCCAGGGGGGCGGCGGCAAGGGCAGCAAGGACGGCUGCAUUGGCGGCGAUUUCAUGGGGGGCGGCGGAAAAGGGAGCAAGGACGGCUGCAUGGGCGGCGAUUUCAUGAGCGGCGGCGGGAAGGGCAGCAAGGACGGUUGCACAGGCGGCUGCGAUUUCAUGGGCGGCGAUUUCAUGUGCAGCGGCGGGAAGGGCAGCAAGGACGGCUGCAUGGGCGGCGAUUUCAUGUACGGCGGCGGGAAGGGCAGCAAGGACGGCUGCACGGGCGGCGAUUUCAUGUACGGCGGCGGGAAGGGCAGCAAGGACGGCUGCAUGGGCGGCGACUUCAUGAGCCGCGGCGGAAAGGGCAGCAAGGACGGUUGCAUGGACGUCGAUUCCAUGGGUAGCGGCGGACAGGGCAGCAAGGACGGCUGCAUGGGGGGCGAUUUUAUGGGCGGCGGCGGAAAAGGCAGCAAAGACGGUUUCACGGGCGUUGACUUCAUGGGCGGCGGUGGAAAAGGCAGCAAGGACGUCUGCGCUGGCGGGUGCGAUUAUAUGGGCAGCGAUUUCAUGUACGGCGGCGGGAAGGGUAGCAAGGACGGUUGCAUGGGCGGCGAUUUUAUUAGUGGCGGCGGGAAGGGCAGCAAGGACGGCUGCACAGGCGGGUGCGAUUUCAUGGUCGGCGGCGGGAAGGGCAGCAAGGACGGCUGCAUGGGCGGCGAUAUCUUGGGCGUCGAUUUCUCGUGUGGUGGUGGGAAAGGCAGCAACGACGGCUGCAUGGGCGGCGAGUUCUUAAGUGGCGGCGGGAAGGGCAGCAAGGACGGCUUCAUGGGGGGCGACUUCAUGGGCGUCGACUUCAUAGCUGGCGGCGGAAAGGGCACCAAAGGUGGCGGCAAGGACGGCGGGCUUUCUGCCGCUGCCAUGGCAGCCUUGGACAUGCAGUUGGACCCUUGGCCUUCCAGUCAGCCGAGCCAGCCCCAGAGCGCGAUGCCCGCCUGCCCACCGCCACCGAUGCCCGCAGUCGAGAUCGCACCCGGACCGAGCAGCCAGUUGAGCACUGGGCCGGGGCCAUCACCGACAGGUGGUUGCUGUGGUGCUGGUGGUGGCGGUGGUGCGCCAUCCGCUCUGCUGGCAUCUCCGCCGGGCCUCUCGCCAGAGGUCCCGCAGUCAGCGCCGCAGCCGACAUCCACUGCGCCGAGCGGAUCGGCGGACGGCAGCGGGUGCAAGGAGCAGCUCUGCAAGCUGUGGGCGGACGGCGAGUGCAUUUUCGGCGCGGCGUGCUGGUACGCCCACGGCGAAGAGGAACUGCGAGGCAGCAGCCGGGGCAGCAGGGGCGACCAGGCCAGCCAGGGCGAGCAGGGCAGCCAGGCGGGCGGCGCGAGUCCGAUGGCGCAGAUGGGCGCCGCAGGUCUGCCGCUUCAGGUGGGCGACGUGGACCUGAUGGCCCCGAUGGUCCAGGUGGGUGGCAUGGGCCCCAUGGCUCAGAUGGUCCAGGCGGGCGGCAUAGGCCAGCUGGGUGAGGUGGGCGGCAUGGACCAGAUGGCUCUGAUGGCCCAGAGUGGAGGCAUGGGCAUGGAGCAGAUGAUGGGGAACGUGGCCAUGAUGAGCGGCAUGUUCAAUCAAGAGAAGGUAAAUUUCCCAAUCGGCCUCAACAGUGGUCAAGAUGACAACGGUGAUAAGGUCUGCAAUGGCUUCAAGGGGGAUAAAGGUGGCAAGGGUGGCCAGGGAAAGCAGGGUGCCACAGGAAAGCCUGAUGCUCAGGACGCCGAGUCGGACUUUGCGGCCAAGCUUGCUGCAUUCAGGAGCAAGAACAACAUAGCAGGUGCGAGCAGCAGACAAUGGACAUGAUCAUUAUUGUGACCUUGUGACCAACGUUUGCAAGCUGCAGGUUUCAUUCCUUGCUGAGCGCUGGUGAGAAGGUUCAGGCGUGAAUCUCCUGGACGUGGUGCUUAUUGAUGGCCUUUCCGCGUCUGUAAGGGCGAGGCGCCUGGACCCUUCUGCGGCCAUGCCUCCCACGCCAAAGAUAUGCGUAUAGCUGUG